AUGGAGUAUUUAGCCGGAGGAAGACUAAUGUCAUAUCUGAACAGGAUGGAUUGCUUCCCUGAGACCACAGCUGCCUUUUAUUCGGCAGAAAUAGUGUGUGCCGUCCAGUUCCUCCACUCUCAGGGAAUUAUACAUCGCGACCUAAAGCCGGACAACAUCUUGCUUGAUGGAGAGGGCCAUGUAAAGAUUUGUGAUUUUGGUCUUGUUGCAGAUGGUAUUUUUGGAACCGAAAAGACCAGAGAAUAUUGCGGCACAUUUAUGUUCAUGGCCCCAGAAAUACAUCUGAAGCAAGCAUACGGUGUUGCCGUGGACUGGUGGUCCUUCGGAGUGGUGCUGUUCCGUAUGCUGAAUGGAGCUUUCCCUUUUUAUGCUAGCAAUAGCAUCAUGUCAGAGAUUGAUCAAAUUGUGUACGGCAGCCCUCAGUACAGCAAAAACCUCAGCAAAAAAGCUGUGGACAUCUUGAAGCAACUCUUGGAGAAGGAUCCUCGGUAUCGCCUUGGGAUGAAAGGAAAUAUCAGACGGCAUCCGUUCUUUCAAACCAUCAACUGGGAUGACAUAGAGAGCCGGCGAUCAGCUCCCCCAUACCAGCCGGAAUUAAGACCAUAUCUCCUCCCGAACAAACUGCGCAGGAUUCCAUCAGUUCUGCAGACCACAGAGGACACGUCCUCUCCAUCCAGCAGCCGGCAUAUGUCUGGCUUUACCUUUAUAACACCAGACUGGAUGAAUUGA